CAACUAUUAUCUCUCACCUAAUAACAAUAAUUGUUUUUAAAAAAUACAGAAGAAAAAAUCCUAUAACGGUCGUGUGAAGUAGAUCCGAAUCCAAUGAUCAAUUUGAAACUUUGAAUAGAAAGAAAGACAAAAGGAAAGGCAAACGAAUUUUAUAAUUACUCUUUUUCCCUCUCUUUCAAAUUUUGAAUCUUUCGUCGUCUCCCAUUUUCUCGAUCUCGCAAGCUGUGUCAUUUGAGAAGCCAUGGCAGACAAUCGCAUCGCCGGAAGCUUACCGACUUCCUCCAAAUGGAGUUUUCUUCCCAAAUCCGUAUCCUCACACUUCAAACCAAGCUCAAACCCUCGAUCUUCCAAUCCCGACAUCGAAAACGCUCCUCCUCAAAAUCCAAACAUCCAUAAUCCGCGAAAUCAAUCUGUUUCUAGUAAAUCAACGGCUUACAAGAAUCAGAUGGAUUCUCCCAAUUGCCGAAGCCAAGUUUCAGCUUCUCGGCCAAGGGCAAUAUCGGCAUUGAAAACUCGAAAUGAAGUAGAAGAAGAAGGAGCCUCGAAUCCACAUGUAAAGGUUGUGGUGAGGAUUAAACCAACAAAGGAGUAUUGCUGGAAAGUGAAGAAAGUUUCCAAAGUUUCAUAUUCUGUUAGAGAUCGCCAUUUUACAUUUGAUUCUGUUCUUGACUCAAAUCUAAAUCAGGACGAUGUAUUUCAGCAAAUUGGUGUUCCUUUGGUUAGGGAUGCUUUAUCAGGUUACAACACUAGUGUGCUAUCAUAUGGACAGAAUGGAAGUGGGAAGACCUACACAAUGUGGGGUCCUGCUGGUUCGAUGCUUGAGGAUCCAUCUCCUAAAGGCGAGCAAGGACUCGCGCCUCGAAUCUUUCAGAUGCUGUUUUCUGAAAUCCAGAGAGAGAAGAUCAAGUCUGGAGGAAAAGAAGUAAAUUAUCAGUGCCGUUGUUCUUUUCUUGAGAUAUACAAUGGACAAAUCAGUGAUUUGAUCGAUCAAACCCAGAGAAACCUUAAGAUAAAGGAUGACGCAAAGAAUGGUAUCUAUGUCGAGAACUUGACUGAGGAAUACGUAGAUAGCUACGAGGAUGUAGCUCAGAUACUGAUGAAGGGCCUUUCAAGCAGAAAAGUUGGAGCAACUAGCACAAGUUUUCAAAGUUCUCGAUCACACGUCAUACUUUCUUUCAUUGUCGAGUCUUGGAAUAAGGGAGCCUCGUCAAGAUGUUUCAAUACUACCAGAACAAGUAGGAUCAACCUUGUUGAUCUUGCUGGAGCGGGAACAAAUGAACGUGAUGCUACUAAACACUGCGUGGAGGAAGAGAAGUUCUUGAAGAAGUCUCUGUCGGAGCUCGGCCAUGUUGUAAAUUCUCUGGCGGAAAACGUUCACCCUGGAAUAUCCGACCGCAGUCUUCAUAAAACAUCAUGCUUGACGCAUUUAUUGCAAGAAUCUCUUGGUGGAAAUUCAAAACUCACUAUCCUGUGCAACAUUUUUCCGAGCGACAAAGACACAAAAAGAACAAUGAGCACCCUUAGAUUUGGUGAACGGGCUAAAGCCAUGGGAAACAAACCAAUGAUAAAUGAGAUCUCAGAAGAAGAUGUGAAUGAUUUGAGUGACCAGAUUCGUCUGCUAAAGGAAGAACUUUCAAAAGUCAAAGCCGAUGCUUGUCAUUCUGUUGGAAGUAAAAAUGAUUAUUUCGGAGCAAAGAAUGCACGUGAAAGUUUGAAUCAACUAAGAGUUAGUCUUAACCGCUCUUUGAUGCUGCCAAAAAUUGAUAAUGACGAGGAAGAGAUAACGGUUGAUGAGGAUGAUUUUAAGGAACUGCAUCUGCAGAUCAAGUCCUUGCGUGGUUCAUUUAACCAGAAACUAAAGAAGUUCCCUGUCAACAGAGACUCGGUCAACUCAUCCUUUGUAACAGCAUUCGGUGAAUCAGAGCUAAUGGAUGAUGAUGAGAUAUGUUCAGAAGAAGUAGAAGUUGAGGAGAAUGAUUUUGGUGAAUCUUUGGAAGAACAUGACAGUGCUGCAACAGUAUGUAAAUCAAGUGAGAAAUCCAGGAUAGAGGAAUUUGUAUCGGAAAACAGCAUAUCAAUCAGUCCCUGCCGUCAAUCCUUAAUCUUGCAAGAACCCAUCCAGUCAGAGUCACCUAAAUUCAGAGAUUCUCUACGGAAGAGCAUAGCUCUUUCUUCGUCAUGUCUCAGGAAUCAGAAUAGCUUGGCGAAGAGCAUAAAAUCCACGUGUUUUGCAGAGAGCCAACAUAUCAGAUCAUCUUUACGCGGAAGCAAGAUAUUCACAGGUUCUACAGAAUCUCUAGCUGCAAGUCUGCGGAGAGGCUUGGAUAUUAUUGACAAUCCCAUGAACCCUGCAUCAAACCGAUGCUCAGUUUCUUUGUCUUCUGAUAACUUGACCAUGCAACCUCCCACAGAUGAUCGAUUACCUCUGUCGCCACUCUGUCCAACCUGCAGAAUUUGCAGCUCUAAGUUACCAAGUGUAGUUGAGGGAGAUGGAUAUCAUAUGGAAGGGGUUCUUGAGAAGCAGCAAGAGCUUGAAAAAUUGUGCUCAGAGCAAGCAGCCAAGAUUGAACAGCUAACGCGCCUGGUAGGGCAACACAAACUUCAAACUGAGGAUGAAACAGAAAAACUUAUGGGAGCAAGUAAUGGAGAACGACUUCCUUCUGCAAAUGAAAACCAGCUUCUCAGCUGUAUAACUGAAACAUAUGACGUAAAACAAAUCUCGGAUGAUGACUCCAAGAAGACAGACUUUGAUAUUGGCGAGAAGGAGGCAUUACUCAAAGAAAUUGAGGAUCUGAAAAAAAAAUUGCAGACGCCUGUAACCAUGUCCACCAAUGAACUGAGAUCAUCUCUGUUGGCUCGUUCGUUUCAACUCCGUAGCAAGAAUGCUGAAAAAGAUAUCGAGGAAGAAAGACUUAGGUGCACAGAAAUGGAAAGCGAGUGGAUAUCAUUGACUGACGAAUUCAGAGUAGAGAUUGAAACUCAACGUACACGCGCAGAGAAAGCUGAAGCCCAGCUUAAACAAGAGAAACUAUCUUCUGAGGAGCUAGAAGAUGCACUUCGCAGAGCUGUUCUUGGUCAUGCCAGGUUUGUUGAACACUACACAGAGCUACAAGAGAAGUACAACGACUUAUGCUCAAAGCAUAAAGCAACAGUGGAAUGGAUAACAGAGUUGAAGAAGGCAGUAGCAAAGGCUGGUAAAAAGGGUUGCGGUUCUCGUUUUGCUAAAUCACUUGCUUCUGAGCUCUCAGCACUUAGAGUAGAAAGAGAACGAGAAAGAGAUCUGUUGAAGAAGGAAAACAUAAGCCUCAAGAUUCAACUAAGGAAUACUGCUGAAGCUGUUCAUACUGCUGGAGAAGUUCUUGUUAGACUCAGAGAAGCCGAACAAUCAGCAUCAGCUGCUGAGGAAAAGUUCAAUGAAGUAGAAGAAGAAAACGAGAAGCUAAAGAAGAAAAUGGAAAAGUUGAAGAGGAGACACAAGUUGGAAGUGGUAACAAUCAAAAAGAGUCUAAAGCAAAACACGUUGCCAGAAUCUGCAUUGCAGCCACUGCAUCAGAGGAACUCGGCUAUUGAGGAAGAAGGAAUGUAGAAACAUCAUUAUACCAAAGUGCAUAACUUGAAGACCCUUCUUGGAUCUGAUUGGUAUAUUAUACACAUCUUUAUUCUGCUUAUUUUUCACUUUAUUGCUUCUAAUAAAAUUCAAAUGUCCUUAUUCCACAAGGCAUUUUUAGUUUUUUCCCAAUUGAAUUAUUUGUUCUGCUGUAUUUGAUUUGAAUCUCGUGUUUGUGGCGUGCAAACUGGUCUCUGUAUAACUUUAACUUUGGUAUUUCAUUUUAAUUUUCUUACAUUUAAAAUUGUUAUCUUUCUUUCCAAACUCAAAUUCUUCUUACAAGAUAUAUAUAUUGUUGAUCAUGUAAUACAAGAGAAAUUCUAAUCAAAAUAGAGUAGACUUUAAUUAUGGGAAUCCUAUUUUGCCAAAUCGACAAUCUUACUCUGUUUUUUUUUUUUUUUCACCAAAAAAAAAAAAAAAAACUCAUGUUUUGUUA